UAGAACAAAGCAAAAACAAUUUUAUUGUUGCGGUUAAGUUACUAACGAAUAUCAGUAAAAGAGAAUUGAUAAAAUCUUCAAAGUGACAUGCAAAAAACAAGAAUUUUGUAAUUCAUGCUUGUUAAUUAAAAUUAAUUUAAUUCAUCAAUAAGAACUCGCCUAUUUUUUAAUUCGAUUGAAGAAAUAUUAUUUGAAUAUAAUGAAAAAUACACAGGAUUUUCCACCGCUUAAGAAUGACAAUCUUUUGCGAGCUGCACGUGGAGAACCUGUUGAUCGUGUCCCAGUAUGGGUCAUGCGACAAGCUGGAAGAUAUCUGCCAGAGUUUCAAGAAGUACGUAAACAACAUGAUUUCUUCACAGUUUGUCGCACACCGGAGCUAGCAUGCGAAGUGACAAUGCAACCACUGCGACGUUUCGAUUUGGAUGCUUCAAUUAUAUUUUCCGAUAUACUUGUAAUACCGCAAGCAUUUGGAAUGACUGUUGAAAUGCAUGCUGGAGUGGGUCCAGUUUUUCCUGAACCGUUACAAACUCCAGCAGAUUUAAGUAAAUUAAAACCCGAAGGUGCCGUAGAUCGAUUGAGUUAUGUAGGGGAUGCAAUAACUAUGAUGAGACAUUUACUAGAUGGUCGUGUACCAUUGAUAGGAUUUACUGGUGCUCCUUGGACUUUAAUGGGUUAUAUGAUUGAAGGUGGCGGUAGUAAAACAAUGUCUAAAGCAAAAGCUUGGCUAACAGAUUAUCCAGAAGAUACAAAAAAACUUCUUACCAUGUUGACAACUGCUAUUGUGGAUUAUUUAGAAAUGCAAGUGAAAGCAGGUGCACAGCUUUUACAAGUAUUUGAGUCGUCAGCAGAACAUUUAACAAAGGAAGAUUUUCUUAAUAUAGCUGUGCCUUAUAUAAAAGAUAUACAUGAUAAAUUAACGCAACGCUUAACAAGUCAAUCCAUACCGUUAGUGCCUAUGACAUUGUUUGCUAAAGGAGCGGGACAUUCUUUAAAAGAACAAGCUGCACUUGGUUACGAUAUUAUAGGUCUAGACUGGACAGUAGAUCCUGAAGAAGCACGUAAAGAAGUAGGACCUAAUAUAACAUUACAAGGCAAUCUUGAUCCUCAAGAUAUGUACAAGACGCCGGAAGAAAUACGCAGUUUGGUAACGGAUAUGGUACGUAAAUUUGGCAAGACACGUUACAUAGCAAAUCUUGGUCAUGGUAUUACACCUCAAACACCAAUUGUUAGCAUGGAAGUUUUAGUUGAUGCAGUACACAAAGCGUUGUAGUUGAAAUAAAAUCUUUUAUUGGUAUACUGGUAUUUUAAAUAAAAUGAUCGACUGUU